GCAAUUCCCACGUACAGUCCAACGAGCCAGACCGCCUCCACGGAGCUCCUCUACUCUCACUGCAGUUUCCAGAUGCAGGCAGGCAGGGAAACUCAGAGAUACAAAUUCAAAGUGGGAAUACAGAUCACGGAUUACACUUUUACGCGUGGAAGUGGAAGAUGAACUCCAGAUUUGUUCAACCAAAAACCAUCUGCUGAAGUUUUUCUGCCUCAUGCCACUACACUAAAAAAAAUCAGGUCUUUUUUAAAAUCUUUUUUUAAAAAGGUUGGACUCAUGGACUGAUCACAAGUUUUCACAAGUUGGAAUGAUGACUUAGUCCUUCCAGAUUCAUCUUCACUCUGGGAUCUAGCAGUUAUUAUAGGAAAAAUUUAUGACACAUUUUGAAAAGACAUGGAAUUUUCCUUGAAAGUUCACUUUUUAGCAGCUUUUGUCUCCUGCGUUAAGGUAAGCUAUUGAAAAAUCAACUUUAGUCCCUUCUUCUUUUAUCACAGUCAUCUGUUGUUUGUUCUUUAUAUACGUUUAAUUUCUUUUUUAGGUUUAUGCUCAGGCGGUUCAGGCUGGGAAGCAUCCAGGUGAUGAAUUUUUGCUUGAGUGUUGUGACUGCUUGUGUUUUACUCUGUAAUACGAUGACAGCUUUUUUGGAGCAAACACAGUGCACUGUUUGAGCCAAGUAUAUGACCAUCUGCUUACUUUUGAAUCAAUGGAUAUUCUUGAUUUGUUUUCUCUUCAGUAUCCAUUUAAGUCUGUGUAGCUUUUACAGCUGUUGGCUGCUUUGUUAUCAAUCUUUUAAUCCUGCAAAAUCCAAAAUGCAGUGCCAGGGAAAUAAAUGAACAGUAAUGGGCUGAGCCUGGUUGGGGGAAAAACCCCUUCUGGAGGUUAACUUGAACUCUCCCUGCAGGCCUGCAGGUGUUAGCGUCGGCCUCACAUUACUGGCCUCUCGAUGCCAUGGACGGGAUCCAAGAACUGUGGGACCAGAUUGGAAACAGACCAGGUUAUGUUAACGGCACUAACAUAAGUAUGUGCAUACAUAAGCUGACUGCAUUAGCUCACAGGAAUGCUUCAUUUUAAUGUCUGUCUGAUUGCUCUCUGCAUGGUCUAGAGCUGCUUUCCAGUACCCAUUACCACCACAGUCAUCAUGCUUUUUAAAUGUGCUUUUGUCUUCAGAGUUUCUCAGAUAUAAGAAAAAUAAGAUUCUGGUGCCUGGGUGUGAGUGGGAACUUUAAAAUCCGUUCAAUUUUAAGAUGAAGUUGAUAAUGUGAAGGGCUUCAAAUGGAAACAUACUCUGGUACUGACUACCUACUGACAAGCGGUAAAAUAUACAGUCUAUUUAUUAUUAUUAGGGUGGGAGAAAAAAAUCGAUUCACAUAAGUAUCACGAUUUUUUGUUAUACAAUAUUCAAAUUGAUUUUUUUUUUUUUCAAAAAUUGAUUUUUUUUUUUUCAAAUUUAAAAAUAAAUCUUAAAAACUAACUUACAUGUGAUGUGUAUUUUUUCUGGAAAUAGUCAAUAGACAAUCAUAAACAUUCAACUAUUUCACUGGUGUUAAAAAUGCAAACUAAAAAUCGACAAAAUCAACAUAUCCUGGAAUCGCAAUUUAAAUCGAAUCGGCAUCCAAAAAAUCGUAGAAGAACCUAAUCAGGAGAAAAGCAAAUUGUCCCAGCCCUAAUAUAAACAUUAUUAUUAUUAUAGUUAUUAUUGUUUUUGUUGUAAUUAUUAUUAUUAUUAUGACAGAAUAUGUUGAUAAAACUACAAGUUGUAGAAAAGAAUAGGAAAGGAUAUAAACUCAACUCAACUCGACUUUAUUUAUAGAGCACUUUAAAUACAAACAAAACUGACACAAAGUGUUGUACAUAAUAACAUAAAACUACAAUAAAUUACAAUUUUUUUUUUAAAAAAGGCAGUAAAACAAAUGCCAUCUCACAAUGGGUUAAAAGCCAAUGAAAAAAAGUGGGUUUUUAGAUGGGUUUUAAAAAUGGACAUAAAACAGAAAAAGGCUAAGCUAGACACCUUCUAAUGUGCAACUUAUUUCGUAUAUUAUCAAUUUUAUUUAUCCUAACUUCGAAUUUUAAGCCUAAAUUGGAGAAAUACUGGUAAUAUAUUAAGGUCGGUUAGCUUUAGCUUUAGCUCGACUUCAACUUACAGCUAGCUGCUAACGCUUUUGUUUGCUAAUAUCGCGAUAUUUUGGCGCCGGGGCGGAAGUAAUUCCCGGCGGUUGUGUGGUAUGUAGAAAUGAAUAAAUGUUCGUGUGUUUUCUUGCCAAUAUAUUGUUUAUAGUUGUGUUUUUUAUGGUUAAAAUGUAGAGGGAUCAGGUAUAGACUUGAGUAAGAUGUGUGGGGUCACUCUGACUUCAGAAAAAUCCUCUAGCUAAGAGGAAAAAGAGCCAAAUCUCCUUAAACACUGCCCCACUGUGCUCACCGCAUCACUCCGUCUCAUACCUGCACACCACGUCCCUCCUGUUGUCUCCUUUCACCUGUGUCCUCUGUUGUGUGUCUGUUUAGGUGUGAAUCACUGUUUUUCUCCAUUGUCUGUGUCCAGCUCUCAGAAUCCACAACCACACUGUGCUCCCUUCCUCCCAUAACUCUUCCUAUGCGUAUACCAAUGACUCUGCCUACACUAACAUUUCUGCAACAGUAGGUGAGGAUCCCUGAGAGUCAUUUGUGCAUCACCCACUGCUCACCAUCGUCCCUUUCACUCCCUCCGCCUGCUCAGUCUCUUGUCCUGGCUGAAUCAGUUGAGAAGUUCUCUGCCUUUUAAUUAUUUCUUCAUUAGUCAAAUCAGAAUCACAACAUAAUAAGUGUAAUUUCACUUGUUUAAUGACAUGACGUGUUGUUUCAUGAGGCUGGAAAUCUGUAAAAGCCUCAUGUUCAUUAACUGCAAAAACAAUUCAUGAUUAAUUGACAACAAAAAAGACUUUGUAAUUUGAUUUAUACAGAGACAGCUUAAUAUUUUACAAGUUUUGGCCGCCAAAAAGAGAGCUAUGCUCGCAAACACUGCUCAUUAUUUUGAAAGGAAUGAUGCCAACUGUUUGUGGUCUGCUGCAGAUAUUGUUGAAGGAAUGGUCAACAAGGGCAUCUAUCUGAACGGAGAUAACGGUGGUACCUUUCUUUACUUCGGAAGCUACCAGAACUCUUGCAUUAGUGACCCCACUUUGUGUGGUCCAGAGGGUAAGUUUACUGCGAUUUAUUCCUUGGGGAAAGACCUCUUUGUCUCCUCCAGAUUGCUACAAAAGAUUUUGCCUUGUUUUCCAGGGAUUACCUUCUCCUUUUUUUGGAAGAACCACGAGGCAGAGUCCCGUUUUGCAGUUGCCUCUGGAGGGAAAGUGAUCUCCAAUGGUUUCUCUGUUUACACCAAUCCUUUUGGAGGAUAUGUGGAGUUUUACACCAGAGGAAACUACCACAGAUGGAAGGCCAAUAUCGCAGUUCCAGGUAAAGUGACUGAAUUUGCCUCUCUAUCACGAACUGUUCUUUUAAUUUUCCAUGAUGAGGAAUGCACUUUCUCUCAGGAGAUAUGUAUUUUUGUGGUGCAUAAAUUUGGAGUUAUGUAAUUGCAUUUAUGUUUUGGUUAAAUGAAACCAGAUGGAGUCGCAGAGAGUUGAUUUUGCGAGUCAGGGAUAAAUUUCAUAAAUCGUUUGCUGUUUUACAAAACACGCAAUUAUCGUGGACACAUAAUACCACACAGCCAUUCGUCUUGUAAAUAAAACAAUAUUUUGUGAGGAGUAAAAGUCAAGAUACAUUCUGAGUUUUGAAACGCAAUACGACUCAGACUGUGGCCAAUAACUUCAAUUCAAUUCUGAGAAUGAAAACUAUAACCGAAUGAGAUGAAAAGAUUUAGUAAACUGUUUUGACAAAUUGGAAAAAAAACAAAUGAGCCUUACUGUUAUGUGAAACUUUUACUGACCAGCAUUUCCUUCUCAAAUGACUUCUGUCAACUGUGUUUUUGCUGCAUUUAGUAAUGGUUGCUUUCAGAGGGCGUCACAAUUAAAUUUUCUUGGACUCGUACAGUUCCUGAGGCUCAAACAUCAUCUGGUUUUCAUACAGAGUGAAGUUUGAGGACAGUUUUCUCUCUGCUGAAGGUCUCAGCAUGUGAAUUCAAACUUGAGCUACCCUUUGCCCAAAAUAAUCUCAUUGUGAAGAAGUAAAUCUGUGCGUGGAGAAGUGAAGGCAAGAGUUAAAAAUCAGAGAAGGGAUGGUCUUUGGCACAUAAGGUUUGUGUUUUAAACACAAAUGAGUUCCCUGGCUGUUUUGUUCUGCUGGCAGACAUGUCAGUGCAAGUAUUGUCUUUUGAGACUCCUUUUGUUAUCGAUUUACUUAAGAGGAACAUGAGGGACUAAUUUCUUUGUAAUGUAAAAUAUACUCGAAAGAGCAUACUGGGGAAGAUCACACUCAGGCUUUCAGACUAAUAAAUUUAUGUCGAAAAAAAAGGAAGACAGUUUUAACCUUCGGAGAAGAAUUAAGAAGUCUCUUUAAAAGCACAAAGAUUGCAUCAGCAGCUAUUGAUUUCAGCUUUUCCUUUAUUCGACUCAUACGAUUGGAUAUCUAAUGUACAUUUACAAUGAUUAAAUAGAAAACAACCUCACUCCCACCACUUCUGUGUCUCAGGGAAAUUCGGAAAGAGUCAGCAUAUGACAUGCUAGAUUUAAAUAUCGUAUUAUUGACUUGGUAUAUUUCUAUAUAUGUGUGCUAUUAUAGAUAAGGUCUAAAUAACUUAGUGAGUCACUGCCAUGUGAGCUAAGACGUCAGCCUUGGUACUGUCAGAUCUGUGUUUGCUCUACUUUACAAACUCCUUUUUUUUACCCUAAAGUAUAUGAUAUACCAUUUAGUUUCAGAAAAAUGAACACGCUUAAUUCUAUGUGUGUUCCUCUAUAGUUUUAAUGUUUUCAGCAUUUAUUUAAAAUCAAGGAAAUUAUUAAAAAGGGAGGAAAACCAUUGGAUGAGAAUGUGUCAGAGAUUUUGACUGUGCAUGUGUCAUUGAUCACUCAUUUUAGAGAUAAUUGACAUUCAGCUGAAAAGCAGAUUUGACAAUUUUUUUAAAUGUCAAUGAAAAUAUCUAUACCUGCAAGUUUCUGGUAAUACUUGUUGCUGUUUGCUUGGAAAUGUUGAGGAUUUCAGUCAAUAGAUCGAACUUAAGCAGCUGUAAGUGAAGCAUAAACGUUCCUCUCUUAUCUGACCUGACCUGCUCUGAUUCGGUUUUCUCUGCUUCUACUUCAAAGCUGCUUUUCACAAAUGCUCGUAUAUCACGGCUUUGUCUCUGCUUCCUCUUUCAGGGCCUUUCUGGACCCACAUCCUCUUCACAUGGACCAAAAGAGCUGGUCUGAUGGUCUACAUAAAUGGGACUUUCACCGCAGGAGACAGAAGUGGCAGUGUGUCAGAGAACUACGGUGACCCUUACCCUGACCUUGUUAUUGGGACUGGCAACGACAGAGCCUACGGUCACUAUGUUACAGGCGCCUUCGAUGAGUUUGUCAUCUGGGAGAGGGCGCUUACACCUCAGGAGAUAUUACUCUACUACAGUGCAGCCGUAGGUAGGACAUCACACUCUGCUGGAAAAUAUCCCCUGUCAGUCGAGGACAUGGCACAUUAAUUUUAAUGCGUUUUCUUUGUGACUGCGCUCUUUAAGAAAUAAGUGCGAGAAAGUAAUAUCCGUGUCCUCGCUUCAUUCUGUCCACAGCAUUUAUGAAGGAUGGAAAGAUAUUAAACUGUUCAAAUAUACCCCAACCCUCCGUCAAAUGGCUCUUGUACAAAACACUUUCAUGACCUUCCACCAUAAAAGUAGCAGGUCCCACAUAGUUCUGCCUUAUAAGUAUUUAUAACAGUGCCGAGGCAUUUUAGAGGUUGCUCAGGGCAAAUCAUUAUGAUUUAAUACGACAGGUUUUAACACGCAAAGACAAAAACACCCACACUUUUCAACUGUUUUUGUUCUCUUGUUGUUUGGUCAGAAGAGCGCCAUAAAUGGAGUAAAAACACACUGACAUUUACGAGCUGGUAGGAAGAAUACAGAUUUUUUAAUGUGGUCGGUUAAAAGACGAAGACACUGAAUUAAAUCAGAGUGUAAUUAUGAGUGAUUAGUAAUGGUGAGUGGUGUCUCCUUCAUUGUGCAGUAGUGAUAAACAAAAACUAUUACUGUCAUUACUGCUUCAGCUCCAACUGUUCAGGAUUUAUGAAUACCGCCUUGAUUUCUGCUCCAAAGUCAUUAUUAAAAGAAAUACACCAGCCGUCCACAAACCACUACUGUUAUGGUUACAACACAAUAUUUUUCCCCUCCAGAGCAGACGUGUAAAAUGUUGCAUCAAACCAAAGAAGAGGCAGAAAGGUUCCGACUGUCCGUCCAUAUACGGCUGUUUUCUGGACGCUUGUUUAUGCCGUUUUUAUGAAAUGACAGCAAAGACAUAAAAUGUAUCUUGACCUUGCACAGAAGCUGGUGGGAUUAUGACGCUGAUCACCCAGUUUCGCUCAGGUUGUAAUCUAUCUUGUUUCAUGACUUGGCGCUGUCCAGACGCCUCAUAAAAAGUCAGCUGCAUGGUGAUGAAGUCCAGCUACGCCACAGCCGCCAAGCAGAGAAAGACCUAAUAACAAAAUCAUGAAAAUGGCCAUCAAAUAUCCAAACAGCAACAUUUAAUACAAUUAAUCCACGUCUCCAGAGUUGUUUCUGACCUCGUUGUUAUAAAGUCUUUUGUGUUGGCUUUUCUAGGUCAGGAUGUGAUUCUUGCCACAACACCCAGAGUCUCCAAAGAAGUCACCUCGACCACGCCAGCAUCUGUAAGUUUGUUCUGGCUCUGCGCUGUUCUUUCUUUAACAAAUGUGGGAGAAAGUGGCAGAAGACGCGCUGACUGAAGUCCUCCAGUGAAGUAGAAGUUAAAAGUAAUUAUACGAGGAAAUCGUCUCCAGCAGAUCGAGGUUACCGCUCGUUUUUAGCUUCUCAAAUUAUCAUAGACUGUGUGAAACUUGGACAUAUUAUCAGGUAGAGUUGUUUAGCCCACUUUAGACAAAUUGUCUAUUUGACGAUUUGUUGUUGCUCCAUCAUGAAUUUGUCGAAUAAGCCGAUAAAAGGAGAUGGAUUUUCUGUUCUCUGGUCGUUUCCUUCUUCAUCUUUGUCUUUUUCCUCGUCUUCAUCAGUACCACCACAAAUAAACAGCCAUUAUAGCAGUUUUUAGUGGGUUUGGUUCGUUUAGCCAAGCGCAGUGUGAAAGUUAGUGAACCAGACUUCAUGAAAAUACAAAAAUGUCUCCAGUGUAACAGACAGUCCCGUGUACUGUCAUGUGUGAGAAGUGAGAAGAACCAUAUUGAACAUGCCGACCCCAUCAUACCUUUUUAAGCAUCAGUAAAAGAGCCCUGACAUCGUCUACAUGGCGUUUCGAAUCAGCCCCAAGUGGACGUCUAAAGAACUGCAGUUUUCAUCCACUUUUGUAUUGGCUGCACCUCAGACUGACACCUGUUUGAAAAAUGUUGAUUUUGAGAUUUUACAUUAAACUCUAAGACAGAUUCACAGUGAAUCUUUCUUUUCUAUUAGAAUCUAAUCUUUCUAUUCGACCUCAGUCUUGAUGUUGCAUAAACUUCAUUAUAAAAACCCUCUCUAAUGCAUUAAAGCUUGAAUUACAGGCCCGUCUUUAGAUGUAGGGUGUAGGAGGUGGAGGUAUUUUGUUAAAUGUAGGUGGGGGCUCAGUGAAACAGUGAAGCACAGGUAUGUGAACCAAUUGUCCUUAAGUACAGUUAUAAAAUAUUCAUGCCAUUCUUUCAUCUGCACCCAAAUGUAUGAACUACUCAUGUAAUCCUUUUGAAUCUUCUUCAAUAGAAUAUUUUAUUUCCGUUCACAUAGAAAAGGUGCUAAAACUCACAUGUGGUUAUUGGGACUAAAAUGUGCUCGAUUCAGUCAAACUGCAGAGAAGGAUUCAUUUAAAGGAUGGAAAUGGAGGAGCUGUGAAACAAGGAUAUUGAGAGCACAUGUGAGCAGCCUGUUCCUGUUUAUUAAAGGGCUUUUGAGGUAGAAAACAGAUAAAGAAACAGAAGAAAGUAGACACAGAUGUUUCCCACCGCACACCCAGGACGGCUCAGGAGAGUCUUCUGCAUCAGUCACUGCACAUCCUGUGUGUGUGCUGGACCUCAAUGCCUCCUCACUGUAAACUUUAUUUGAUGCCAGAUGUGUUUUCUCCGCAGAGAGCCACUGAGGUGAGUCCUCCUGUCGACAGCAGUCAGCGUAUGGAGGGUCAAAGCUCCCAGGACCCUCAGGCCAUGCCUGUGUUGGGCUUUCCUAAAGGGAUGCCAAAUAGGACGAUUCCUCACAACGCCGCCAACAACCUCACUCAGGUCUUGGAGCACAGUCUUGAAAAUACACACUUGUUGAACACCUACAGCACACACACAUGAUGCCCGCCCAUGUGUAUGUGAUGCAACAGUUGUGUGAUGUCUGUUUUCUUCCACUCAGGCUUUUCUCAAAAGUGUGGAAGAAGUGCUCUCCUCUCCGGUGGUGCCAGAGGUAAAUGAGUUCACUCUGCUCUUGUGCAAUGUUUCAACACCACUUAAUGCAACAUAUGCAAUCGAGUGAAUACUUUAAUCCGAGGCCUUUAAUGGAUCCAUGAGUUUGAGAUUUUAACACUGCAUAUUUUGGAUUGAGUGGUGCCAACAGCAAUAAGAGGACUGGGCCGUGUACCCACUCAGGAUUAGUGAGUGUGGUCAAAUAUGGUGCUGAAAGUGGUUUAAAUCAGAGCUGUCGGCUUGACUUUAAAGUACACACACACACAAACCAAAGUUUUGUAGGUAAACUUUCGGCUUCCUGUACUGUACACUCAUCUCAGCCAAAUCUCUGGGCGCCCAUAUACUGACACAUUGUUGCCAAAAGAAAUGCACGAGCAAGUUUUCACAGCCAGUGUGUGGUUUCAGUACAUCGAGUGCUCAGAACAAGCCUGCUUGUUUUUGCAGGAACAAGCUGAAACAGAUGUGCACGUAUGAGAAAACGCAAAACUUGGAUAGAUCCCGUCUCAGUAAAUCCCCUUUUUGAUGAUCUUUCUGAUCCGAUCGGUGCUGAAUGUCUGAAAACAUCUCUUUUACAACUUCACUCUUCACGUGUAGUCCCCUGUUCACUCGAAAUCAAUUAUCGCUGUUCUCCUGUGAAAUCUGGAAGCAAAUAUUGUGCAGUCUGUCUUAAUUUGUCAUAUUUGUAAUGAAUGUAAAAACAAGAUUUUUACUUUUUCAAGGCCACAUAAAUUGUCUUUUUCUGCUGAUAUUGGAAAUGGUUCUGAUCGGUCCAUUCAGAGGUGCUGCUUCAGCGUUUUGGUUGUAGUUUAUGAGCACAGACAAAAUCGUGGUUUUCCAUCAGCUUCAGAUAUCGUUAAAUGGAGAAGACAGCCUCUGCUUAGAGUGGCACAGGUCAAGUCAGGCAACUAGACAAGGCUUUAGUUUAUCAUAUCUGACCUAUUAUUAAAUAUCGACCAUUAGGAGCACAUUUCAGAUGAGGUAUGAUAUGGCAUUCUCUAGAUAGUGUUGCUAAUGUUUAGAAAAGUUACAUAUACUCUAUUUAAAAAUGGUCAGAAGGAAGUCAAAUCAUUGACUUUAUGGCGUUUUCCCAGUUUGUGGUCAAUGUUUUGGCUAAAUUUGUAAGGUUAACCUCUGAAAAGUGCUUGGGCUUCAAGUGUUAAUAGUUAGAGCUUGUGUCUCUAUAGGAUACUAACUUUUCUUUCAACUGUUUUCAUUCAUUUCUGCAGCUUACAAUCAACCAGAAGAAGUGCAUUUCAAAAUAAAAGCAUAGGACAAAUUAUAUAUUUUUUUUGUUUGUUUGUUUGUUUUUUUCCAAGCAAAGAUGUUUCGGUCACAGGUGUGGCGAUGAGGAUUAAUUAUUCAUUUAAACAUCAUUAGAAAUAGAUGAUGACUGGAAGUUACCCACUGAGCAUUUUAUGGUUUAAAAGAGGUCUAAUAGGUGUCUAAAUGUAGCCUAGACAACUGGUCUAAAAUCAGGCGACUAUAGACGUCUAAAUUUAGACAAAGUCUGAAUCGGGGCUUUAUCUAUACUGCACUGUAUAUUGUUCAAUGGCUAUCAUAAUUAUUUUGGUUAAGUACUUGGAGAUGAGUUCGCUCAUCGCUCAACUCACAGUUGCUUUUUGAAAGAAAAAGUUAUCGAAUAAUGGGUUAAAGUGCAACGUCUAAAUUCCGUAUAAAAAUAUACAGAAUCUAGACGUUUGAAAUUAGGUCUAAAAAAAACUAGAAGUCCAAUAGCCGUCUAUUGCUCAAUGGGUAUUCGAGUUCAUUAGUACAGUUUCUAAAGUAAUGAUUUGCUCCGCUCUUCUCUUACUUUUCCUUAAUUUGACUGAUUGUGUUGUUUUUCUUUCAAGCUUUCCUUCAAUGUUGCCAAAGUUUUGUUACUGUGAUAUCUUAUGGCCACAAGAAUCGAUAUCGUGAGAGUCCAAAUAUGUCCUCACAACUGUCAAUACUGAGUCAGUUCAUGGACUUUACAAGGGUACUCUCUGUGUGAUCAGAUCUCAGCACUCAUUGGGGAGCGUUCACACCUUGAGUUAAGGCUCUUAACUUACUCUUAGAUCACUUAAACUGAUGAUAAAUGCUAGAUGUAGACCAGGUCUUUGGCUCAGGUUGUUUUCUGAUAUUGCACACUGAUGGAAAUAUCUAAUAAGCAGAUUUUAUAGAUGUGUCACCAUCCUGUAUGUCAACAUGAGACGUGGCUGGACUCUUGAAAAGUUUUUUGUUUUCCCUUUUUUGUGACGCAGCAGUCGAUCCCUGUGGUCAGCGGUCUGAUCGAAACCGUGGACAGAGUGAUGGAACAUAUGGUGACUAACCUGGAGCCCACCCCAAACUCUCUCAUCUCCCUCGGUGGAACAUCUUUUGUUGCCGGUCAGUCCGCUCUCUGCUCUCCGUGCGGUGACUCACUGUGUUUGUAGUUUGUGUGGACACAGUUAGAGGGUAGAAAUACACACUGACAUCACAAGUUUUCUUAUUCGGAGGACACAUGCAGGUCAGAUAAGCAGAGGCCAGCUCCUUCCAUGCUGCCUCUCAUGGGUGUGGGUCAUAUUUUGCAUAAUAUUUUGUUUGCCCCUCAGCUUGCUUGUGUCUCUCUCUCCCAAGAGCAGCUUCACGACUUUCUUCCACCCGUGAUAAAACACAUGUUGCUGUUUUUUUCUAAGAUUACUCUCUGAUGAAAUUCCCACAAAACUACAACCUGCCACAUUACCGCUUCCCUGAACAAGGCAAGAGCUACAUCUCAGUGCCCGGAGAGGCUUUCACCAUGCAGUGUAAGUACAGAUAUAAAAACUCUCAUAGCUUCAGGAUUCUCUGUAUAAAAUCAAGUAGCUUCCUUAGGUUGGGUGUGAAUGCCGCACUUCGUCAUGCUGAGGUUCUGCCAAGAGAAAAUCGUCCAACUGGGAGUCUCUUGUUGUUGGCCUGUAAUUUAUUAUACUUAGAUUUAAGACUCCUAACAAAGCUCACAGUGCAGGACAGGAGUGCCAUGAGACCUUUUGUCUAACUUUAUGGUACGCUGUAGAAAUCCAGCUACGACUUUAAUGCUGGCUGUUAGCCUUUCAUCCAAAAAACGGAGCGAACGAGAGCGAGAGAGAGCACUUUCUUUCCACUUUCCUCCAUCAUUAAAACAAUUGGACUCGAAUAGCGGAGUGAGAGGGGGCAGUAAUUGCUGCGAUCAUUAAAGCUCUGUUGGUUUGACUUUAUGUUCAGGUCAGAUUUCCUUGGCUCCGUCUGGCUGCUAAAUGUACAGUUUUGCCCUAAAAUUAGUUUAAUAAACUGUUUUAAUAAUUCGUUAAAGGGAUUUUAUCGGCCUGCAGGAUACGUGUAAUUGCGUUACUUUUCAGCCAGAAGCAAAUUAAGAGGUAGAUCUGUAUACCUGGCUGUGUGAAAUACUCCACGGAGAGGUUUUUAUACCCUAAUUAAGCAGAGAGCGAGCUGCAUCGUAACUUUUUACUCGUUCUUUCUCUCUUUCUCGAAGUGAACUUGCACAAACAAGCCGGCCACCUUGUGAUCCCUCGUGGGGCUUGCAGGGGGGCUCUCUGUUGAAAUUGUAUUCUGGAAGGUCCAAGCCUCCCCUACAGCAAACGCACAUUUGUUUGACAUCAGCAAGCUUUCUGUUGUCACAGUGAGCGGGGCCCGAGCGAGCAGAGGCCCUUUGAAAGGAGGAACAGGACCAUUAAGGAUUUCCUCCAAUUUCGCUGUUUAUCUUGCAGUGUUGAGGUGGGACUUAGCUGGAUGAUAGGUCAGAUUAGAGGAGGAGUGGGGGGAGCGAGCAGACCUCCAGCUCUCCUGGUGAAGUCAUGUCGAGUUUUCAUAAGAUUUCCCAACAUCCAUGUGGUCUGCGUCCCUCUCCCUUUCACCUCUGUGCGAGCAUACGGCCGUCCUAUUAGCCCGCCGGUGUCAGAGUGCGGCGGCAGGUCGGCGUUAAUUAACUUCCCGUCUUUGUGAGCAUUGUAGCAGCUCUGUAUCACAUUCCCAGCCUGCUGCCCAUGUUGUUCACGUUCAACCUCUGUAUGUUAUCUUCUCCGUUUCAGCUCAAACCACCAUCGUGGGCCUCUUCUACCACAACAUGCACAACUACUACAAAGAGAUCAGCCCCGUCAAGACCAGGUAAGACGGAGACACAACACAGGAAACUUUUGACGAACCAGCCCAAGCAAAUCGUUCUACUUUUAGGUCUGAAGACAAAAUAUUCCAAACAUCCUAAAAACCCAAAUAAAUAAACAGUCUUCUGACUUUGUACUUCCUGUGUGGGGAAUCAGGUCCUCUGGCACUCAGACCCCCCUGUUUCCUGAGCCUCAGAACUACCACGGCCCGGGGCCGAGCUCUUAUCUGUCCUCUGGCCUAUCUCUCAUCUCACCACUCAACCUCCACUGACUGAUACACCCUGCUAUUAGCGCUACACAUCCAUUUGCACCCCCCCUCCCUCUCCUUCAUUUAUUGUCUCAUCGUGGACCAGCUUGUUCCACUCUCUUUGUUUAUUUUUACCAAACAUGACGUAACAGCAAUUAAAGCAAUCCGUUUUUUUUAUCUGCUGCUAUAUGAACUUUAUGGAGGUUAGAGAACAUCGUGUAACAUGUUUGAGGACUGACUCUUUUUAACGUGACUCUCCUGCUGCUCUGACCGUCACUGAGACUGUCCUCUCUGUUCGGUGGUGCAGAGGUGACACUCUUCUGAGCCAAGUGUAUUAAACUGCUUCGAAAAAACAGCUGCAGGUUGUUUAAACGACGACUUUUAUACACGGAUGAUUAAAUUCUCACUUUGAUGCUGCUUCUCUGGACCGUGUGUAACGCUCAGGUGUUGAUUUGAUCGUCACAUUUCGGUGUUUCCUCUCGAUUUAUUUGACCUCAUUUUCAGGAAGCUUGUGCAAAAGUUUGUCUUUUUUUCUUCUGUAUGUGAUUUUAAACAACAGAAGAAGAAGAGAAGAACAUCUUUAUUCAGUGUAUGCAUUCGGGAAGUGCUAAAAUAACUUUCGUAGGUGAAGCUAUCUUGUUUCCGCCUCCGAUUUUGCUUCUUCCGACUUGAUAACUGAAACGCUGAUAACUCGGGUGUGACGUCAUUUUCAGCUCAGACUUCUGACUUCCAAGGUAACUCGAACGCAGCAUCAGUUACCAAGUCAGAAAAAGCAAAAUCGGAGGUGGAAACAAGAUGGCUACAUCUCCAAAAGUUAUUUUAGCGCUUGUCUUGUCCAAAGAUAAGCAAGGACAAGGCAAGUGCUAAAAUAACUUUCGUAAAUGUAACCAUCUUGUUUCCGCCUCUGAUUUUGCUUUUUCCGACUUGGUAACUGAAUCGCAAGUAACUCGGGUGUGGCGUCAUUCCCAGCUCGGACUUCUGACUGGGAGCUCCAGUUGAAAAUGUGACCCUGUAAACUGGAGACUUUUAGCUCGUUACUACGACAACCAAACAAACAUUGAACUCAAAGUUGCAUCUCUAAACGGUUGCACUUGUAACCUUAACACCACUAACAACAACUGACAACGGCUAACAGUUAGCGUCCAUCUCAGCUUUCCGAUUUGUUUACCGAAACUGCGUCAACUCGGGUGUAACGUCAUUCCCAGACUUCCAAGGUAACUGGAGCGCAGCAUUAUCCUCAUCCCAACGAGCCUCAUUUCAGGAGCAGGAUGUUGAAUCUUUCUGGUUUACCUGCUAAUUUCUUUUUUAAAUCGCAGAUGCUAAUUUUUUUCCAAGAUCCCAAAAUUGUCGAUAAAAAAAAUAACAUACGAAAAAAAACUGGCAUUGCAUCGUCUACAUACCACGUCUUUACUUCUUUAUUCAGACGUAAGAGAGAUAAUGACGCCUGACUAAAGAAGGCCGAUGCAGGUGGCGCCCUCUGCUGUCUAAUAAGAGUAUCACAUUUGUUCAUCAUCAAUCGUAACAGUUUUCAGCAGUAUUGUGAGAAACCGUUGCAUCCCCGCCUCAUCAGCUUUCUUUUAUUCUAAGUCUUUUCCCUCUGUAUUGUCUUGCAGGAUAAAUGAAGCAACCGACUUCAAGGAUCACAAAAUCCAAGUAGCAAGCUGUCUCAUCUCCCUCAAAGUCGAGCCAUCGCCGGCCCUGUCAGUCAACCUCUCCGGGGCGCCGCUCAUUAAAAUCGUCCUCACUCAUGUUCUGGUAAGAAUCCACCCAUUCGCUGUCCCAGUUUCCUCCCAGUCCACUCAUUCGUUACAGUUUGUGUGACUCAGUCGAAGUGAGAAAGAGGAAUGCUCUUCCAGUUUCUGGGUGUGGGACAGCUACCUUAUCAGGACAGAGAUUAAUGCUCUCUGCCUGUGGCUACAGUAGCUGGAUCUCCCUCACAUGAAACUCUAUUUUUAACGCUCUCUCUUAUGUAAGAAGAUGAGCAUCUAUCACCGACUGAGGCCUGAGCAGCUGGGCACUCACCAGCACAAAGAGCAGCGGCUGUUUUGCUUUUCAUUAGCCUGCCUGAAGUUUUCUGGAGGGGCAUGUGGCUUCCAGAGAGCGAACUGAUUAUGGGCGUUUGAACUGCAGGCUCAGGGCGCUUUGUGAAGGAACAAUAACUUUCUUUUAUGAACAACAUAUUUUUCUUUGCGGCUUUAUGGAAGAGGCCGUGCCAGUUUUCCAUGGGAAAUGCAAUUGAAUCUCCAAAUGAAAAUUAAGUGAAAAAUGUGUCUCACAUUAGCCCGCUUCCUUGUAAAGUCACUCAUGUAGCCGAGGACUUUCCUGCCAUGAAGGUUUUUGCUUUAAUUUUUGGACAAUGACAGGAUUUUUUGGGGGCUUUUUUAAUACCAUUCAGAUCAGUUUUCUGUUUGGCGAUGAUAGAAAAGCACUAAUGAGGCAGUUACUUAACCAAGUUGAGUUAACCCCCACUAAUGCAGAGGAAUUAUCUCAGUGAUUUACGGAGUCGUUUUGUCUCUUUGAAAAGCACAAAUUAAAUCCAUCCUCUGUCAUGAAACCAUGGCGAUAUUUCUCUGUUUGUCUUCAUUUGCUCCGCUGAAAUGAAUGUUUACGCUGUAAUAAUCUGGCUGGAAUCUUAUGACAAUGUUUGUUUUAACAGACACAGAUGAAGAGGGUUAUAAUCCACUUUGUUCUGGGAGUGCUGGAGAUGCUCAGCUGUUCUGUGGUUUGUGAAGUGCUGGUGUUUCUAUUUUAGUUUGAUCGCCUUCACCUCUGAUGUAAGGAUAAGACGUUUUUUUUCGACAUUCUUCUCCCUGCGCUCAUUAUUACUAAUAGGCUGUUUUCUUAUUAUUACACAUACUGAUGGUAUGCACCAUGCCAGCACAUUUCAAGUUGACUCAAGGCGCAUAGCUGGACCCUGAUUUAUAUUUAGGAGCGGCAUAGUAAUUUGGCACGCUGCAUUUUUGGCUGUGAUCACAUCCAGAAGAAGGUUGUUUUGCUGUAGCCGGGGUACUUUGCAGACUUUAUGUUGGAUUUCGUCAAAAAGUGACUAUUUUUGGAGUUUUUAACAGCUCGGGCGGCUGGUGCAUACUUAUCACCCCCUUCGCUCGGAGACAGGAUAGGCAGCUAGUAGACUUUUCCCAUCAUUGUUUACGCUGCCUGUUACUGUCUGCACAAAUUCAACCUCAAAGAUGUCCUCUAUUGGCACCAGCUCAGUGUGACCAGAGGAAGUGAUUUGCAACCGGGCUCUCAGAAAGUAGACGGGCGCUGAGUGACUUCAUUAAAAGCUGGCGGGGGGCGUGAGUGUGUCCGAGGAAGAAAUGUGUCAGCCUCCUCAUCUGUCUUCUCCCGCUGUCAUGGUUACAAUACAUCCUGUGUCCCUUACAGACAGUCACCUUCUGUCGUGGCUCGGGUCCAGACGUCGUCAUCUAUUACCGCUAUCUGACACCUGUUCUGAUAAAGUGCAUUGUACCGUGAAUUGAUGAAAAUUGUGAAGAACCUCGUGUCAUGGCAGGUUCCGCUCGCCGAAGGCCAAAGCCAUGCGGUCGGUGUCAGAGUGACCCUGUAGUCUUGAUUAAUAACCCCCCUGAGUACACUGAAACAGCCCGCUCAGGUCACGCCAUUCCCAAGCCGAGAUUCCACCGUCACACGUUAGGGCAGGUUUGAUACCCAAGCAAGGUGUUAUCAAGGCUGCAGGAGGCCCGCAUGCUUUCUCACGCCAUGAGGCUGUGGUGUUGACCGGACCCUGGCUCCAUCAGUGAGUUAUUACAGCUGUCUGACUCAGCUUCAGUUUGAGAGAGUCUGAGGGGGAAAGAAGGGAAGAAAAAGUGAGGGGUGGGAGGCAUCGGGGGUCCGUAGUUAAACAUUAAUACAUACAUGAAGCAGCUGACACCUCCUCUCUGUCAGAGCAUCACUCCGGUGGUAUGAGGUGAGUGAAUGGAAAGACUGAUCGCUUCAGGGAAGUCGAAUUACAGGAUCAAAAUGACACCGUUCAAAAAAAAUGAUUUUGACAAGCAGGGUUGGACUUUACUGGCUUAUAAAGUGGCGUAUUAGUUUGGCGAGAACGUCGAAAAGCCCAAAGCGAAGAACGGAACAGGGUGGCAUUUGUGUAUAUCUGUCCUUCAUGAACUUUUAUUGGGAUUUUUAAACACAAAUGAUUAACUGAAAACAAGUUUGUUCCUCAUGUAAUGCACUUUCAAGUUUAUUUUCUCCAAUUCAAGAACAACUAACAUCACUAUCGUCUACGUUCACUGUCUUGCACCGUGGAAGCUCCUGAACACGUCCAGCACAUUAAUCGACAAUAAAACAGCUUAAAUUGGAUUGAUUUGACAACUAGCUGUCCUUUUCAAGUCUUUAUUUACCAGACUUUCAAACGAGCGUUUACCAAAUUUUAGCUUACAGACAAGAGAGCUGUUCUGACUCUGUUCAAACUGAAACAAUGAAAGUUUUGCACCAAAUAUGAACCCCAAACAGAACGACGGAGGAUUAGGGACACAUUUGAGAGAACUUUUUAAAGAUGUAGAAAUGCUUUUUUCAGGAAUUUAACUUUUUAAAGUCAUUUUUUCACAAGAAUAAAAGAACAAAGUCAUAUUGUUACAAAAAUGAAGUUGUGUUCGAGUCAUAAAGUAAUGUUAAAGUCGUAGUUUUGGUUCUACGUGAACAGUUAGCUGCCUGCACCUAAAUGAAGGACGGGAGAAUCUCGUUAAAGUCUACUUAAUGUUUUGGUGCAUUAUUAUAAUAAUUAUAACAUUAUUAUAAGUAUCAGGAUUGUUGUAUCCCCUUUAAAACAGCUUUAUGCUCCUGAUUGUCGGCGAAAUCAACGACUUUGAUCAUGACUUUGUUCUGAUGAAAAUAAAGAUUUAAAAAGUAAAUCUAAAUCUUAAAACAACAACAAAUCUUCAAAAGAAAGUCUUGAAUGUGGAUCUGAUACUCCGCUCAUUCUGAGAUAUAAUUGCUGAUCCUUUUUUUUUUUUGGCUUAAACAAAUUUAUCAAGGUCAGAGCUUUUCGUUCCUUUUGAUCAAACCAAACCAAAAUUUGCCCGUCUGGACCUCUGGAUAAAAGAUAAUAUGAUAUUUCUCAGAGAGUAAAGGUUUCUCUGUCGCCCGGUUCAGAGCUGAACUUUCCGUCUGUUCGCUUCAAUCUCAGUUUGUAAAAAAUAAGUUCAUGUUGAAGAAUCUUUAAUGGAAUCAUGGAGCAAAAAAGUGAUUUUGUAGGAUUUAAAAUUUUUCCAUGGACACCAGUGUAAUUUGGGAUAAAAGGUUUAAAAGUUUGGAUUUAAAUUUGGAAAAAUGUAAGAAAAUUUUAAGGAUAUUAUUUGUCAAAUCACCUCAAAUGACUUUCACACAAGUUCAAAUUCUAACCGAGCCUCCAGACUUAAAUCUGUGAGAUGAUCUGGACAUGAAAAAAGGUUGACUGGAGUAAGAAAUGACGGCGAUUGAAGGAAAAACUGCCCGGCUCGUUCACAAAGACGUCUAGACUUGUCGGAGCUUCCUCUGAGUGUGGAAAAUAGUGAUUAAUUGUUCAGCGACUUUGACAAUAAACAAAACAUUUAACACUCUCCCAUGCCCACGCUCUUUAUCUUGUAAUCAUGUAUGCCAGCGCUGCUAUCAGUCCUUUCAGCCACAAUAAGAACCGCUGUGUUUUUUUCUCCGGUCUUUUUAUAACUCCCAGCACACGCCCAGCUUCAAUCUUGUGGGCAAAGUUUCUCCUAAAUCUCUCCCAGCCACCCACACCCAUCUACAUACAAACACGAGCUGUAUGAGCCAACACGCUGAUCAAUCACAGAUGGAGGUCUGGCUGUUGCUCUCCCUCUCGUGUCAGAAGAGCUUUGAGUCUCUUUUCGAGGCUCCUCCCGCUUUAGCGCGUUUCUUUCUAUCAACACUCCGACCUCACCAACACCGCAGCGCGAGUCCGGCACUGGAGAAGCAAUCGUCUCACCUCAGAUUGAGUCACAUGAGGUUAAUCCUUGACUCGAGUAUAAAACAGUUUUUUUCCUCCUGAUGCUUCUGAAAAAGAGGGAUCAUCUUGUAAUCAGGGUUCAGUUAUUAAACGCCAAUAUUUGAUCGAGGCCAGACGUUUACCCAGCUACAAUACCAAGGGGAAAGACGGAUGAGUGUUGCUCAAAAGUAGGACAACUGAAGUGGAGUUAAGAUGCUGUUUCAGCCAACAGUUGUGAAAGCAGUGGGAGACAAUGAGCAUCAGUCAAACAGCCAAAAAACGUGAAUUUACAGAGUGUUAUGGCGAGUCAGAGACAAGUUAAUCAAAGAUAUGACCUGACUGAAAUAAAGAAAAGAGUCAAAUUCAUGCCAAGAGAGUACGAAACUUGUGUUAUAUCAAGUUUGCGUCGCUGCAUGCAUCCUUUCUGGGUAAUUUCCAGGCAUUUCCAGGAUGGCAGUGCAGUUGUGUGAAUGUGCAAAAGUGUCUUUUAUUUAUCCUUAUUUGAUACCUCAUAUUUCCCACAUUGUAACGUCUCUGCAAACACUUAAAAACUCAGCCGCUGACAUGUGAACGUAAACAUGUUGUUCCCACAGAAACAGGCCAGAAACUUAACAGUGGCCUCAUGUCAAAGCCUUUGGGAACCGGACACAUGGAUCCAUGCUCUCGACCAUGUGUGAUCAGUCAGGGAAGGAAAAAACAAAACAAGGUGACACAUUUUUUCAAACUGACACGGUCUGGUUUUGCUGUCCGACGAUCACCUUAUCGAAAACAAAUCUGCCGUUUCUGUGUUGUUCAGUCGAGCGUGGUUUUCUUCACACUCUGCAUGCCUCUCAGCACGUCUCCAUGUUCGUUCUCUGUGUCUACCUCUCAGGCUGAGCUGAGACCACAGCUGCACGUCUUAUUACAUCUCCCCUGACAGAAUGAUCUCACUCAAGGCCAGUUGUGUUUUCCUGCAUGGAUUCGGAUUGUUAGUCCACAUGCUGAAGUCUGACCUCGUCAUAAAAACACAAAGACUUGAACUCUAUCAGGGCUGCAGGUUGAAUCACGGCUGAUGUUUUAAUCUCUUUAACUUAAGGUGGUCUAAUUGGCGCCUUUUCUCCUCAUCUGUCGGUCAGAUUUGGGUCUUUUCUGCCUGCUGGACUCAGCUUUGUAACCCUAUAUCUUAGUUUGACCUUCUCAGACGAACUGCUAUAAAGCCUUUCCUUCCACGGCUAAAUUUAACUGCAUUUGUGUAGCUUUUCAGACACACAUGCGUGGCCUCUCUGUUGUCACGCAGAACAAUUCAGCCAUUGUCAGUCCCUGGCGAGCUUUUCUCUUGACCCAAUAUGUCAACACUUUCACCUACUGUAGGAACAGAAAAUAAUGGCUGCUCUAAAUACAGUUUUGUUUAAAGUGAGGCUGAUGACUUCCAGUGGGCUGUGAUGGGCUGUGCUGGCAGCUGCAUCUGCGAUGAUUGAUUUCUAUACCAAAUGUACAAACUAGCGUCAUCCAAAUCACACCCUGGCUCUCAGUGCAAUCACAUUUUUGGGUUGUUUUAGAAACAAAGAGAGGAUAGCUCACAUAUCUACUCACACUGUUGGGACAUUUUAUUGCUGCUUUUUUUAAAUUUAGCGCAGCCGGAGCCUGUAUUUAGACUUCUCUGCUUCAUUGCUCUUGUGGCUGCAUACAGUAUAUUGUUGUACCAGCGCUGGAUGCUGGAAAUGAGUGGGUGUGUGCAGAAGUGAUACUUCAUAUUUAUUCAAGGUCUAGUCAUUGGCUUUUUCUCCUACACCCUGCACUCCAAAGCUCUGGAAAAAGCUCAUGAAUGGAUCAGAAACUGCAGUUUUUUUCCCAUCUACCUACUUCCUCAUUCGUUCAGUUCACAUACAGUAGCUGGAAUUAAUGGCAGUCGCUAUCUUUGUGUGUUUAAGGGGCGUUUGCCAUUGAGCAGUUCAAUGAAACUAAUGUGUUGCACAAAUAAAAGCUUUUUGAGCUCCGAGUUGGGUCUCAACAUAUGCAACAUACAGUCCACACUCAGUAUCUUAAAGGGAUAUUCAUGGGUAAAAUUAAUUUAGGGUCAAACACACCGUAACACCGAGUUAGACACCUCCUCCAGAGAUGAAUGUUGCCGACCGCUUGCUUCUCUAGUUAUACCAACUUUAGUAACGACCGCAGGAUAGAAAUACACAGCGGUCUGAGGAGCCAUAAACAAACCUCAACCAAAACGCCACUCUAUAGCCACAAAUAAUGCUCAGAACAGCACCUAACUUCAUCAACAGGACAUAUAGGGUCACAGACAUAGUACUAGACACCAAACAUCUUUUUAACUUUGACUAAUUUCUUUAGCAAAGAGACUAAACACAACUCACCUACUCUCUUCCAGCAGCCGCUUGUUUGUACGGAGACCUCCGGGUGAGACUGCAGCAGGGUGACGCAGCUCAAGGAAGAACAUUUAUGAUCAUUUCUUCAUUGGAAAUUCAGUCGCUUAGGCAGAAGAACGACAGCGUCUGCAGUGCAAAAUGAUUAAUAUGAUGAUUAUUACUUCAAGGAAAUGAUGCAGAAAUGAUCAUAAAUGUUCUUCCUUGAGCUGCGUUGUCACCCAUUUUUGGCGUGUGAUUCUCUGUGUUGCUAUCCUGCGGUCGUUACUAAAGUUGGUAUAACUAGAGAAGCUAGCGAUCGGCAACAUUCAUCUCUUGACGGGGUGUCUAACUUGGUGUUUGACCCUAUCUUUAUUUUACAUCGGAAUAUCCCUUUAAAACCACAACAAAGACUUAAAACUGGAGUCUUCCUGCUAAUGGUUUUAUGAUCUGGAUCCAGAUGGUGGUCAACUUAUCCGUCGAUACGUGCCGAGUUGACCAAAAUUCUGAUUGGUCGACGUGAUUUUUUCCCGCGUCAAUUUACAUUCUAUGGUUAAUUUCAUCAGGAGGAACGUACCAAGUGCUAAUGGGUUUUUUUUCAGAGCACCUUCGUUUCACAGGUAACAGCCUGUCUCAGAACAACCCCCUUGUUUUUACCAUUGUGGAUUCACUCAACCCACCGGAGACCGACUGGAGACAGGAAAAUUGAAGAGUGUCCACGUUAAUCAACAUUGCUGAAUAUUUAUUUUUAUUUUGAGCGGUUCAACUUUCUUGUGAGUCCUCCUUACCAUCCAUGUCAAAGACAUCAGCAGUGUGGCAAAGGUCGAAUACAAACUUUGCAAACAACAGUUUCCCGCCGAGCAGCGUCGGGUUUGCUGCCAGUCGUAUCUUUAUCAAUAAACCUGAUCGUCUACCCCGCAGCUGUCAUUUCCUCCUGUUUUCGGCCGUAUUUCCAUCUUAGUAUGAAGUUCUCUCCAUCUUAAUACAAUUUGUGCCUUCCUUGAGAUCCAGCUGUCAGAAACUUGGAUUUAAAUUGGCUCUGAGUCUCUUGAUGUUUUGGGAUAUGCAGAGACACAUGCUGCAGAGAUUUUUCUGGAGCUAGCUCAACCACAGCGAGGCUUUUCCAGUCAUUGGAGGUUUGAGAAACACCACAGAGGACAGAAAUGCUCAGAUAUUUACAAAUUACUGUGUUCUGUGUGUCAUCUACAACUUCUGUGAUGCAUGGGAGUGUUUAUUUUCAUCACUCGUCUGUUUCCCGAUGAGGUUUGACACAAGUAUUUGACAGUAAAGAAACACACUGUGAACAGUUGUCUUUCUGUCUUGUGCUGUUUGUCAGUUACACUUGAUUGGUGUGGUUGUGUGUCUUAUUAUCGAUUUUGCUUAUUAGUGCAGUUUUUUUAUCACUUCCUGUAGAUUCUCUUUGUAGAAAAAGUGGGUCUAUAUACUGGUUUUCUGUACCUCAAACACAUUUUUUUAGAAGCUUUAUUUCCUCUGACGCUCUGCUGAGAUCAGGAAACUUUUGUUGACGUUCCAUAACAAAGAGGGCAGACUCUACCUGGUCAGUUAACUACAGAAAUUACACUAUUUAAUUAAAUUUGCACAUACAUCAUCACAGACUACCUUCCUAUUUCAUGGGCUGGAUUUUAACAGUCUUUGUAAACAUGCUGUAGGAUAGAAAAGCUCCUGGAUAUCACACAAACUCCAAACCUUCGUGUCAUUGAUUUGUCGAUCUGUGUGAAAGGCACCAAAUCGGAAACCAUUGAGCAUUCAGGCAAAUCUGGAUCAAGCUUCUCAGAAUCGGUUUCUUAUCUGGAAUCAGUUCUCAAACCCCCGUCCCCAUAUCCCACUACAUUUACAGAGAUUUUUCUAGUUUUUUAGCCUUAAUAUAAACAGAAAGUUCCUCACUAGAGCUUUAAUAUAAUAUCGCAUCUUUUCUGCAGACUGAGUGCUGCACAUAUGAGCAUUUACACUCAACAUACGUUAACUUUACUCUAUAUUCUCGGUUAUGUUUCACAGUGUCAUUAAUAAAUGCUUGAUUUUCUUAUUUCCUGCAGGCCUAAUACUUGGUGAUGUUCAAGUAAACUUGCAGGACAGAAAAUUUGACUAUCGGAGAUGAUUUUGGAUCUCGAACAGUAAAGUAAUGAUGUAAUUAAAUUAGUUUUAGUCUCAUUUUUCGGGACAUUUUUUCAUUUAUUGUGGAGAACAGCUGAGGAGGGACAGGAAAGGAGAGGGGCAGAGACUGAGGUAAGACUAUAGACUGUAUAUAAGAUCUGUAUAUAAGAUAUCUUAUAUACAGUCUAUGGGUAAGACAUUAAGCAAAGGAAAUGAACCAAUGACCUCUAAGGCUUCUGUACGUGGGCGUUUGGACCACUCCAGAUCUAGUUUUUAAUGUUAUUUCACUCUUGUUUUAAUGUCACUGAGAGAUCUAAACUCUCCUGACCUCUGAUUUCUGUGGAGUUGAAGAUUUUCAACAAUUCUGAAUCUCAUUCCUGUAAAGGAGAAGCUCCAGGUCCUGUAACUGUCUGUGAAACACCUCGACUUUGUCAGAUAUCUCAGUCUGUCUGCGUCUGACUCCUCUCUUUUAUCGGCCUGCCACUCUGCAUCACUCUGCUGUCACUCGCUUUCGCUCUCCUCUUCCUCUCCCCGUCUGUUCUCCUUAUGAGCGCCGCUGUGAGAUCCAAGCCGGUGUUUGCUGGCCUUCUGUUGUUAAUAAAGACUUGGAGACCCGGCUCCAGUCUUGGCUGGUGGCUGAGGCCUCGGGGCACCGAGGGAACAACGGUGCGCUCUCGAAGCUCGGCCAGAUCUCUGAGUGCAUUUUAACACUCGGCGGUGACUCUCCGACUUCUCUGAUAUGAAGCGCAGAGCCAACGCUGCAUGUAGCAUAAACAGACAGUUACUAUAGAGGAAGCAUGGCCAGACAGCUCUCCCCAUAGAUGUGAUGGUCUGUUAGUUGAUGUAUAUCUUUGUGUCUCUAUGAUAAAGAUGGAUUGUUUCCUAGAUGGCAGGGUUUACAUUUUGGCCCGAUGUGGAUAAUUAGUCUUCCUUUAUUGCGCAGAAACAGCACAGUUAAAGAUACUGUAAAGCAAGCUUACAGUGUGCCAAUUACACCCCGUCUCUCUUGCAUGUGGUUUCAUUUACACUCAACCAGAAAUGCGAGUUAUUAGAGGCCACAGGGGAGCAGUAAAUUCAUGCACAGGGUUUUGUGCAGCUCCUUAAAGCUAGUGAUGACGGGUCGCAUUUACAUCGCUCUCAUGCCUCUUGGACUCUCAAACGCAUCCCAUGAAUAUUAAUCCAUUGUAUUCAUCUCCGGGCUCACAAUACAUAAUGACUAAAGAUCUGCAUGUGCAAAACAGACAGAAUGAGAGCAGGGAUUUGGUUACACAAUGAAGUCAACGUAUGCUUUGUAAUACGACCCAGCGAGGGUUCGGGCCAGGAAACAGACAGCCUGACUGUCAGUUUCACUCUCCAUUUUUCCAGACGGAAACGCUGCAGACGCACUCCAUCUAAUCAUACACUUUCACUGUCUGAGAGUCGAGGUUUGGGGGAUUUAGAAGAGGUGUGCAAAGUGUUGUUUUCCUCACAUGAGAGUGAGGAGGGUAGUGGUUUGACCUGAAACCCAGGCCAAGCCCCAAUUAUUGCAUUUUUUUGCUCUGUAGCCAUUAGCUCACUGUCUCAGAGGACCGCAAAUCUCAUAUUAAGGAACGACACGGAAAAAGUGAGUUAACAUCAAAUAAGAUUAUUGAACACAGUUGGGGUUUUGAAUCAGGCUAAUAAUCACCUUUGCUGAGUGUCUUGAAGACUGAUGUCACUCUCUUUCAGCUGAUUUCUUCCUAACUUGACAUUUAAGCAGCGAUUCAGAGUGAUUUUCUUCUCUGACCUGCAGAGUAUCUGGUAUUUUUAGCCUGAUUACAGGAAGAUUGGAUUUGUCUGUUAAGCAUAUGCAUGGAAGGAAAUCAGAGAGGCUAAUUUGUGUCAGAAUUAUUCCCUGUUUUCUUGAUCAAAGCGGGUUUUCCAAUCAAAACAAACCUUGUAAUGUAAUGAGGCGCUGCAACCCAAAUGUUUUCCUACACCGCAUACUUGUCUGACGCUUUUCAAGAUCUCAAUUCGACUUCUCUCUUUUUCAGACAAAAGACCAGCAGGAGCAAGUCCUAAAUCAGAGCAAUAAAGUCUUCCUCUACUGCGCCUUCUUGGACUACAGGUGGGUCAGAGUUUGUGAUUUAGAUGCAGCGUUUCCCGGUUUUUCCGCCGGAGGAGAUUUCAUCUUCAUUUUUUGACUCUCUGUGUGUAUUCUUUCAGACUUUCAAUCAUAAGAAAUGAGCAACAAUUUGAGAAGGUGUAUUUCCCUUUUCUGGUUUAAAUCAAAAACAUCCAGCGGCACAUGAGUCGCUGUUUCAGUUUGGUUUGUCUUGAGCAACAGCCCGCUGUAAAAAUUGAUGGUGAUCUGAUGAAUACAGCCAGAACCCUGUUUGGAAAGCGUAACUCAUUGUAAAAGGGAGUGUGUUCCAGUGGAUUCAAAGGCUUUCCUCUCCUCACUCCUCUUUGCCCUUUAGCUCAAGAAAAAAGUGAGUUAUUGGAUUGCCCUGUCAGAUUGCCCUGCAACACUCAGCACAGACAUUUCUCUGCGCCUCCCACCACAAACUGUACUGAGUGAUUCAUGCCAGCGGACCGCUCUCUGAAUAUUUGUUUAACCUUUUUAAUUCCUGAUAGAAUCUCUUAUUAUUAUUAUUUUGUGUAUCUUUGCUCAUAUUUUUCUAAUAGCGAAACUUUAUUUGCUUCUUUUCCCAGUUCAAAGGAGGGCGUGUGGUCCAACGAAGGAUGUGUACGCUCGGAUGGAAACAUGUCGUACUCUGUGUGUUUGUGCAACCACCUCACCAACUUCGCCAUUCUCAUGCAAGUGGUGCCCUUAAAGGUACGCCCUUUAGGCUGCUCAUAUUUAUUAUUUUCAGAUUAACAAUGGAUCCGAGCGGGCGCCUGUUUCCAGGGACACGUGACCUCCACGAAAUGUCAGACUCGCAAAAGUAGCAACUUAUUGGCAAACAGAAACAAAAACAGAUAUUUCUUUGGCAGAGAGUGAAACUGAGUGAACAAAAGAGGGAUUAAGGUCACUGAAAGUUACUUACCUUAUCAGUGAAACGCAACAUUUACAGCAUCUCGUGUUUGAGGGUGUAUUUUUGGAGGCUGAUAUUGAGAAACAUUCAUAUUUCUACAUCCUGUAGCAGCUACAGUGAGGAGUUUUUAGCUGGUGAUGAAACAGACUGUUAUCAACAGUGAGGACCCUGUAUGACCCUAAACAGCAAAUAAGACCAUUGGCAUUGUUGAUAAGGAGUGUCUUGAAAAGUAAUAAAUGUCAUUAAAUCAAUUUAGCAAAAUUUACAAACUACAUUUGUUGAAUAAGCCAGACAAAGAGAGACAGAAAUGUGGGGAGUAAGAGGAGUGGUGGAGGACAUGCAGCAGAGGGUUUAGGGCAAGUAUCGAACCUGCAACUGCUGUGAGGACGACAAUACUAUAGUCCGACACACACUUGUUGUUGACAUUCAUAAAACAAAACUCUGUUUUCCGUUCUUCGUGGGAAUGGUUUUUUGCAUCUUAUUCGUUUUAGCUCCUCCCACAUCCAUGACUGCUGCUCAUCUCACAUCGCCACUGACAUGUCAAGUUUGACAGCAGCGCAACGUACGAUUGACAACUGAUUGGCAAAUAAUCACUUUGCGUAAGAAGGGGGAGGGACACCUGUGAAUUUGAUUAGAUAUAAGGUGGCUGAGUGACCAAUCAAGUUUUCAAAUUUAUGUACGAGUCAUUAACCCUUUCCAAGUAGCCACGCGUUGGUGAGCCCUGGACUAUAGCCUCUAUGCAUGGGGGAGGGGCUUAAGGCUCAUUUAUGCUCAACAUUACAUACAGAUCAGGAUACAGACGGAGCUCUCAGACGAUGCUUCGAACUCUUUUCUUCCGUAUUUCUGCACGUAUCCUUGAAGUUUACAGAUACAGGCCAGACAGAGCAGUACCACCGGAAACAGUGGGGGCAGUGUUGCUGCUGUCAAUACCCGGUAUGCGAAAAAAACACUGCCUCUGUUUCUGUCUCCUGUGCGAAAUAUACGUUAUCACUAACUCCUCCACAGUCACCAUUUUUGUACGUAAGCGAGAAACCGGCAGCCAAUCAAAGAGCGAUAUUUAGGUUAGAGGCGGGGCUUCUAGCAGAGACCAAUUGUUAACCCUUUGUGUGCCAUAAUUAUUGCUUAAACACUACAGACAGUAGUUGUAUUGAUAGGGACGACACUGUGGCAGCUGAUUAUUGGUAGUGACAUGUCCCUAGCGUCCCUACCCAAUUCCACACCCUUGGGCAUGGAAGUAUGUGGGCAGUGACGGAAUCAUAGUUUGAAACAGACAUGUACAUUUUCAUACGUCUGGCGAGCAUAAAUGGACAGACUGAAACUCCCUCUGAUGAAGCGUCAGUUUACUUCCUCAAUGUGAAUUUGUCAAAAAAGUUUAUGAACUAAAAGUUAGAAUUUUUACAUCCUUGGUUUGAGUGAGUCGGCGUCUGUUAAGCUGUCACAGAAAUGUAAUAAUUUACCGCUCAGAGUGGAUUUUAAGUCUUAAAAUAUGUAGAUGAAGUGCUAAAAGGAUUUAAAAUGGAUUUGAUUAAACUCCAGGAAUCCUGCUAAUACCUCGUAGUCACUUUAAUGCCUCGACCUGCUGGAAGAGUUUGCAUGUUCUCCCACACUCACACUCACAGGACUUGUCGUGAGGUUGAUUAGUGUCUUCAGAUCACCCGUAGGUGUGAGUGUGUCCCAAUGUGUCGGCCCUGUGAUAGAUUUGAGACCUGUCCAGGGUGCGCCCUACCUCACUCAGCGGGGAAAACCUCAUGACCGUGGACGUCUCUCUCUGUUUCCAGUAAUUCAGUGUAUCAUGCACUGUGUCAGCUUCAUCACGCUGAUGGUCUUGUUUGUUUUUGUAGAUCAUAAAACGACAUCAAUCUUAAUUUUAGUCGGUUGCAUAACCAUCUGAAAACUCCUCACAAGAGCUGUAAAAACUGCUCUCCUCCAUUUAAACAUGUUUGUCAUAACCGAGUGAAUUUUACAAAUCAUCGCAGGACAGGAAACGGCGGUUUACCACACUGUAAACCCUCAUCAGAACCCCCACCGGAGCCUUUUGGACAUUUAAUUGUCCCUCCGUUGGGUCAGCUGUGAGCAGACCAGUCACAUUGUCGGUUUAACUUGUGGUUUUGUUCAGAAGUACUUUGGACAACCAUGAUUAAGUGUGGUUCUUCUGGGUCGCUGCACGGGUCAUUGGCCCAUUCCUCCAAGACCACACCGCCUCAAGAAACACAAAUUAGUAUGAAGUAAAAAAAACAUCUGGAAUAACAAUAACAUCGUUUUUUCUCCUCUCUCCUGCACCGUCUGUCGAUCUGCAGGUAGAGCAUUUUCCAAGAGGUCUUUUUGCUCCCCAGAGUGCAGCUGUUUGUAAGAGCCACCAGAGUGUGGUCAGCAUCUUCUACGGCCUGAUAUAAAUAGAAAGAGGACUUCAUAUUGCAGCGAAAUGGACCAGCGCUGUAUUUAAAGAGCAGAAGUCUAUUUGAUGCUAUACUUUCCCUCAGGCAGCCUCUAAUUAGUGGGCAGCCUCAUCGCUCAGCUGCGAGGGAACAUCCAGCGUCGUCUGAGAGUCCCUCGUAAUGACAAGGCACAUGUGAGGACAGUUAAUGGAGAAUCAAAACCCAACCCUGGAAAUAGCCUCGACUCCCACGCAUCAAUACAUAAGACUGAACACUAUAGAUGUAUGCAGAUAAAUAAACAACUAAAAAUAAGAAACACAGCGAGCUUCACUUCUUCAGGAACUCCUUAUAGAGAGAAAAAAAACAGCUGUUAGGAAAUGUUGAAACUGCUCUAUAAUAGUCUGAGGUUUCCAGUAUUACCAGUAUAACUGAAACCAAUUUAAUCAGGUGGAGUAAUUAAUCAGUCAGCAGUCUAGACAGUAAAAUAUAGAUGCUGUUUUAUCACAUAGAAGCUGACAACAUUGUCCUCAUCGUGUCCUCAGCUCACCACCGGCCACAGGGUGGCACUGUCAGCCAUCGGUUACGUCGGCUGCUCCAUCUCCAUUGUCUGUCUCGCCAUCACUCUGGUCACUUUUGCAGUUUUGUCGUGAGUUUUUCAGUUUUUCAUGAUCUAUAUUCGACAUAAAUGCAUGAAUAUUUUGUUUGCAUGAUGUGGUUAACCUUUACUCUACCCGUGAGUUCAAAACAUUAAACUUUUAUGUUUUAUAUGCUCUUGAAUUUCCCUUCAGGGAUCAGUAAAGUUCUCCUCUUCUUCUUCUUCUUCUUCUCCUCUGCAGGUCAGUGAGUACCAUCAGAAAUCAGCGCUACCACAUCCAUGCCAACCUGUCCUUCGCCAUCCUGGUAGCGGAGAUUUUACUGCUCAUCAGCGCCCGCUUUGACCCCGGCACGGUGGGUACACAGCUCGGUGAUCACAACAAUACUUUCAACAGAGACAUGAGGCAUUAUCCUGGUGAUAAAGAUGUUAUUUGUCAUAAAAAAGACAGAGGAUUAUUGGGAUAAUAAUCUCCAGACUCUAUUUGCAAAGACCCAACAUGAAGACUCAGUCCCGUCUUAUAAGAUCAGAAACCUGGAUCAGAUCCGGACUCUUGUUAGACUCUGCUGAGACUGUGUUAGAUUUAGAGAGGGAGGAGAGGGGAGAUGGAGAAAGAAAAACAACCGUGAUCCAACAGCUCUUUGUAACAGUGAUAAGGAUGUUGAAACUGAUGCUUUAGUUGUUAAAUAUUCAGGGAAGAGAGAAAAAGAAAGUAUCUAUCAGUUAAUGUCUUUUCAAUUAUGCAGCUUUUAUUAUUUCUAACGUCUGGAUCUUGUAUUUCAGCUGCCGUGUAAGAUCAUGGCCGUCCUGCUUCACUUCUUCUUCCUGAGCGCCUUCGCCUGGAUGUUGGUCGAGGGUCUUCACCUCUACAGCAUGGUGGUCAAAGUGUUCGGCUCUGAGGGCAGCAAACACUUCUACUACUACGGUAUCGGCUGGGGUAAGCGCUCGGAGAAAUACCUCGUUCAUUAAUUUUUUGUCGUAUCGUCACGUCUUGUUUCAUCGUCCCCAGUUUCACUCGGCGUCCUGCUUCCACCUCGUACUCGGCUUUUACAGAAAAUGACGUUUGACUCGUCUUGAUGUUAUGAAAAGAAAAUCCCUGUGAACCUGUUGAGUGAAUCUGCUUUCAGUUACUUUCCAGGAACACAAUUACCUCCCCCCGUGAUCUCAGUGACCCAGAGUUUGAUCGCCAGAGAAGAGAAUAAAUCUGGGACAUAUUUGCGUAUACUGUCUCCUGCUGCAGAGGAAUGCAAAGUCUCUCCUUCACAUGCUGAACUCAUUAGAGGAAAAACGAUUCCCUCUUUUUUUUUUAUUACUUCCCUUCUCCUGGUUGGAGUAAUUUUUCAUUUGGUGGGGCCACCUGCAAAUGAUGUGUGGGAGACUUUGUGUGACAGCCAGAGGUAUAUCUGCUGUACAUAAAAUAUAAAUUACUUUUUUAUACCAGUAAUUAAUGGCUGCUGCUAUUAGCUGUGAUUGAGGCUGCUGAUUACUGCUGUCAUUUCCUCGUCGAGCAGCGCGCCAGACUUCAUGGCAACGAAUCAAGGCAGCCGUAUAAAGAGAGUCAUUUUCAGGGAAACGAGCAAUUAGCAGCGCAGCAGAUGAUUGAACCACCGCUGAUUUUUUAAGUAUGCAAAGACACGAGUUAACUGUAGGAGGAGUUUAACAUAGUGAUGCAUGAAGUAAUGAAGUAAGUCAAGGCUGGGGAUGUUAUGUCGGGAUUUUGGCCUAAAAGCUGCUAAAAGUGGCGCCAUCUACAGGGUAAAAUAUUGUAACAAUACAUUAAAUAAGAAUCGUAUACAUUAAACUUUAAAUAGGCGUCGGUUUAAGGUUCAAUGUAAGUAGUUUCAUGUUGUUUAACUUUUAUUUUAGUUGUUUAGUUGACUGAAAAAUAAGCAGUAACUAAAAACAGGAGCUGAUGGAGUGAUAUAACUUACUUUUUUUGACAUUAGUUUGGUUUAAGUUUGUAUUUACUGCUUCUUUAUACCGUCUGUGGCCAAAAAUGUAAACAUAUACAAGUCUUUUUUAGUAUGGAUGGUUUAAUGCAGCUGUUUUUACAAGAAAAAUAUGAGUAGUCACAACAAAUCCUCUUAUUAAAUGAUAAUACACAAAAUAAAAGCUUUUACUGAAGUAAUUUUCAGGGAAACGAGCAAUUAGCAGCGCAGCAGAUGAUUGAACCACCGCUGAUUUUUGCAAAGACACGAGUUACUGUGGGAGGAGUUUAACAUGGUGGUGCCAAUCUGUGCAUGGAGUAAGUCAAAGCUGAGGAUGUUAUAUCUUGAUUUUUGGCUUGAAAGCUGCUUAAAAGUGGCGCCAUCUACAGGGUAAAAUACUGUAAAUACAUUAAAUAAGAAACUAAUACAUAAAACUUUAAAUAGCCGUCGGUUUAAGGUUCAAUCUAAGUAGUUUCAUGUUGUUUUACUAUUAUUUCUGUGGUUUAGUUGACUAAAAAAUAAGCAGUAACUAAUAACAAGAGCUGAUGGAGUGAUGUUACUCUCUUUUAAUGACAUUAGUUUGGUUUAAGUUUGUAUUUACUGCUUCUUUAUACCGUCUAAAUCCUCUUAUUAAAUGAUUAUAUCCAAAAUAAAACCUUUUACUGGAGUAAAAUGGAGGUAUUACCCUCUGCUGUUGAGGAAAAUAAAGGCUCUGUCACUUUUUGGCAGAUCUGUUUUCUUUUGCUCACUCUUUGUCCCAAAUCUGUCAGGAGCUGCACGUCUGCUGCUGCCGCGGCGUUUCUCAAAGCCCUCCUCGUCUUUCGGGUUGUUUGGAUGAUUCCUCCUCCAAGUGUAACUUCAGUUUGAGGCAGUGACAUUUAUGUGGGCCGGGUGUCAAAACAAUCGCCGAGUGCUUCUUUGGUUUGUGUGUCAAAGGCUUUAAUUCCUUUAUUUAAUGUCGCAGUGCCACAACUUGACCUGGUGCGCUGCCAUGUAUACAUACAUAAGUGUUUAAUAUGACGGUAUCGGCUCAAACCGCUGAAUACAGCUUCAUAGGUUCUUGAAUGUGACAUGAAUACUUGAGGGUAAAUGAGGAGCAGAGUGACAAAGGGGUCGUUUUUACCGCAGGACCUCACAGCACAUUAAUCCACACGUUUCUUUCUGCUCCUAUUAUCAGGCUCUCCUCUGGUAAUAUGUGUGGUGUCCGUGACAUCAGCCCUGGACAGCUACGGAGAGAUUGACAAGUAAGUUUGACGUGAAAAAAACAAACUCACAGGGAUAAGAUGUAAUUGGUUUUUAUUCCUUUAAAGCUCGGUGGCAUUGCUUGAGAAUUACAUCACCUGUGGAAAAAACUGGAACCAGCCACUGAAAGCUUUUAGCCUCACAGUAAUAACACCUGUCAUUUCAUAUUUAUGUUAUUGCACUUUUCACUUGGAAGGGACCCCGGUGUGAUUUCUUUCUUCACUCCUGACCCUUUUCUUGCUUUCUCAGCUGCUGGCUGUCACUGAAGAACGGAGCCAUCUGGGCCUUUGUGGCACCAGCGCUGUUUGUCAUCGUGGUGAGGAAUUUGCAUCCAUUAGCAUUUGUCACUUUUUACAGUUACCAAUCUUGAGCCAAAACAUUACUUUCUUUUCCCAGGACAAAGAAACAAAGUCACUGUAAACUCUGUUUCUCUGAUUUCUAGGUGAACAUUGGCAUCCUGAUAUCCGUGACCAGGAUUAUAUCUCGAAUCAGUGCAGAAAGUUACAAAGUUCACGGUGACGCCAACGCUGUCAAGUGAGUUUUUUAAUUUCUAUGACCGACCUCAUGCUCUCAAUCAAACGUUUUAUAAACAUGCAUUUCUUCUGUUUUGUUUCAAGGCUGACUGCAAAGGCAGUGGCCGUGCUCCUGCCCAUACUCGGCAUUUCCUGGAUCUUUGGCGUACUCGCACUCAACAAACACUCGUUACCGUUCCUCUAUAUUUUUGCUGUUUUCAACUCUUUACAAGUGAGGUUUUUUUUUUUUACUACAAGAACUUAUUUUUCUCUCUCUUUAAAUUCAAUAUUUGUUAAAGUCUACAAGCAAUAUUUUUCUUCUUUUUUUUCAGGGGUUCUUUGUCUUCUUGUUUCACUGUCUUCUCAACUCUGAGGUUAGUGAAUAAUUUUAUAUUUAUCUGAAAUAUUUAUCUUUAUCUUUAAUGUAUUAUCUAUAUCUUUUCAUGUUAUGUCUUUUUUAACCUUUUACAUUGAUGGUGUAUUACUCCACAUUGUUCUGUAUUUUAAUUGUGUUUUUGUAAAGUGUCUCUGAGCACUUGUAAAAGCGCAUCAUAAAUAAAAUUUAUUAUUAUCAUUAUUAUUAUUAUAUCUUUGUAAGAAAUACGGGAGCGUUCAAAAAAGUCAGAAUGUCCUGAAAAAGUUCCAUUUUUCCCAUAAUUUAAUUCAAAAAGUGAAAACAGCUUCACCCAUUGUCUGUUAAGGGUCCUCAGGCCGUUUGUUAAGUUUAUCAUUAUCUGCUCCAGCUGCUAGUUUGUUCUGUACAAGAUAGAGGCGAUGCUACUUCAGCCAGCCAAUCAUAAACUGGAUGAGGCGGGACUUGUCACCCAGGUAACCAGGAAAAUAGACGCUUAUCAGAUGGUCAUCACAGAGACAGACAUUCGUUUUUGACCAGUUGUUUGUUCAUCAACACUUAAAUAAGAUAAUGAAGCAUCACUGUAGAAACACAACAGAAACAAUCUCACUCUUUUUCCUACGUUUUCAUUUCACCCGAUGAUUAACAGAGUUUGUUGUUGUUGUGCUUUUGCGUCUCUCUGCAGGUCCGAGCUGCUUUCAAACACAAGACCAAGGUGUGGUCUCUCACCAGCAGCUCCAUCAGAAACAUCAAUGUGAAGCCGUUCAACUCCGACAUUGUGAGCGAUGUUGUUAAAGAUUCUCUAAAACAUAAAAAUGAGUCGAACCCUCUGAACCCUAACCGCUCUCUCUCUCUAUCUGUAGAUGAAUGGAAACAAGGAGGGCGUAACUCCGACGAAGAUGAACACAUGGGACAAAAGCACCAACUCAGCCAAUCGUAUCGACCUCUCUGCCGUGUAGAAAAACAGACGGACGCUCACCUCCGUCUGCGGCAGGAGAGCAAACUAAAGUUCAGUCGUGUUGGAUGACAAACACUGGCCAGAAUAUUCGUCCACCAUGUUAUGUAAUGAUUUGGACUCUCAUCUGCUCUCAUGAAAGUGAUACCAAAGGUUGUGUGUGGCUGAAUUAUUGCUACACCGAUAAAGACAAACAGACUCUGAAGACUGUGCCUUAUGUUUUCUCAUGAAACACGCUUAGUUCCCAAAAACAAGAGCAGGGUGGUUAGGGAAAUCCAAGCAUGGUCCUCUUUCUCACAUUCAAGUUGAUUUACAAACCGACAAGAAUUUCAUUUAGCAGAAUAGUUUCACUCCUGAGAAAAGAUGCUUGUUUUGCUUUGUUACAGACAGCCAUGAAAAAUUUGAGACUAUUUCCAAGCUACUAAAAGUUCCUGCCAGGAGCUUGUUAGCUUAGGCAUAGAGGUUUGAGACAGGAAGAACAGCAAUAGUUCUGUUUUAUGGUUAUAUGCCUGAGCGGCUAUCCUAUCACUUAAAGGCUAUUAACUGUUAAAGAGGUAGACGAGUUCUCUGGAGGCCAACUACUGUACUUGCUGUAAAAUCUGAAGGAUAAUAACUGUAACACCGCGAUCAAAGGUUAAGUACGAUUAAAAAAGACUUAAGUCAACCCCAGGCUGAGAGCUAACAAAGACUAAUCUCUGUUUUUAUUAAUUAUUAUAGUAAAACGUCAAACCAAGCUAUUCUUCUGGCUUAUUUUAAUGGAAAACAGAGCGAUCUCUGGGAUAGUAAAAUGACAAUCACAGCCAUGUUCUGGCUUUAAACCAUAAAACAGCUGGCUAAGCUGGUCUCUCUGUUUCCAAAUCCAGCACUGAGCCAAUCACAUGCUGUUGUUGUUGCAUCAUAAUAAGCAUCUUUAUCGAUCCCUUUUAUAGCUAACAAGCUUUUUCUUUUCAUCACAGUGAAAUGAUUCGGCAUGUGUUUUUUUCAACAUAGCUGUGCCACAUAUUUGCUCGAAAUCACAAACCUGAGUUGGUUUUUAAAGUGUGGCUGAAACGCAUAACUUCUAGAUGAGACCCAGGAUUUUCCUCCUGAAGUGUAGUGUUGGAUUUCUGCCUUAAAACAAAACUCACCAGCUGUUUCGCAGAGUUAUUAUAAUAACCAGAAAGAACUGAUUACUUAUUUUACCUGACCAGACUUUUCCUACAAUCACAGUUUCUUCCAGCUUUAAUCCAGCCUUUGGGACAGCACAACACCAUUUCAAUUUAACAAUAAUGAGUAGAGUAGCGGUGUCUUUGACCUUAUGUAAUUCUGAUAUAAUGUAUUUAUUUAUUUUGUGAUUCUGAGUUAUGUAUCAUGUUCUCUGCUAAAUGCCACAGCUCCACAGUCAGUGUAUUGUCGUGUUCGAUUCUGUUUGUGUGUUUUUUUCUCUUUUUGAAAUGAAGCGGCUGGUGUAUUUGCAGUACCUCACUUCUAUGAAAGCUGCAGUUUGUUGAGUCGCUUUUCGAAGGCGAAAUUGAAUCAUCCGUGUGUUUCAAAGAGGAUUUUGUGACGUCUUUAGCUGUUUUCGUGUCGCUUAUUUACUUUACCUUUUCAUACAUUUUUUUUUGUACAUGGAAAUAUGAAGCGGAGAGAGACUUGAUGAGGAGGAUUUUUUCUGAACAUACUGUGAGAACGAAGGGGAAUGACAUGUUUUUAAACGACAUACACUGUACUUACAUUAGGUUUCAUAAAACAGGAUUUACUGUACUUCACUCUGCGCUCACUUUUGAUGUCAGUUUUAAAAGAUUUUUAAAAAUGUUUUCUAUGCUUUUAUGGCCUUUAAUGGUUGUUGUCUUAUGGUACUAUUGUUUGUGCUUUCAGUUAUCUUUAUUAUAAAAUUUUUAUGACAAGAAA